CUGUCACCGCCUGCGUCAGAGCCCGGAGUUUUCCACUGACGAAAAAGGGCAGCGCGGCGCGGCGCGGCGCAGCCCCGGCCCCGGCAGCGGCAGAGCGGGAGGCGCCGCGCCAGGCACCGCCGCUGCAGCCGGAGCCGUCGCGCCGAGACCCGCCUCAGUUAUAUGAAAAAUACGGCGUCACCAUGAGUGGAGUAUUGAAAAGGAAGUAUGAAGAGCUGGGGGAUGACAGUACCUACUGCUCCUCCUCCUCCUGCUCCCCCCUCUCCUCCUCGGCAUCAUCGGGCUGGGAGACAGAUGAGGAGAGCUCCCGCGGAGAGCCCAAGCCCAGCUCUGCCUUAACGCCCAGCUUUACCCCCACAUCUAUCCUGAAGAAAUCCAAGCGACUAAAGAAGAACAAUGUAGAGUUUGACCGGGUCACUGUGUUUUACUUCCCACGCUGCCAGGGGUUCACAAGCGUGCCUAGUCGUGGGGGCUGUACCCUGGGGAUGGUGAGCAAACACAGCUCCUCCCGGCAGUUCACGCUAGCGGAGUUUUCAAAGGAGCAGGAAAACGUACGUCGAGAGAAGCUCGAAGAGAAAUUAAAAGAAGAGAAGUUGGAAGCAUUGAAGUGGAAACUCACCAUGAACGGCACAAAGGAGUCAGAAGAGGCCAACCAGCUCACCAUCGAAGACAUCUCCGACGACGACAUUGAUGUCAGCAACGUGGACCUGGAGGAUGGCUUCUUCCUCCAGCCCUAUCCCGCCAAGAAGAGACGUGCGCUGCUGAAAGCUGUGGGGGUGAAGAAGAUCGACAAGGAGGAGAAGCGGGAGCUGCACAACAUCCGUCUGUCCCGGGAGGACUGCGGCUGCGACUGCCGGGAGGUCUGCGACCCAGAGACCUGCAGCUGCAGCUUGGCAGGCAUUAAAUGUCAGAUGGAUCACACCUCCUUCCCCUGCGGCUGCACCAAGGAUGGCUGUGGCAACACCGAGGGCAGGAUCGAGUUCAAUCAGGCCCGCGUGCAGACCCACUUCAUCCACACCAUCAUGAAGCUGGAGCUGGAGAAGCAGCAGCAGAGCAGUGAGAAGGUGGUGGAGGCUGAGCCCCUCUUUCGGGAGCGGCUCCCAUCGUUGGGAUGCGCGGCAGGGAAAGGCUCCUUGAGGAGCGUGCGGGUGCCGCUGGCACCUGCUUUCCAGUUCAGCCCUGACCUGGAGGCCCUGGGGGAGAACAGCUGCAGCAGUGACAUGACAGACUCCUCCAUCUCCUCCCACCCCCAGAGGACCUGGGAGGAGCCCUACGAGAGUCUCCCCUCUGACAAAUCCCAAUCGGAUGUGGAUGACGAUGGCUUGGCACGCAUCCUCCACUUCAACGACUCAGAUGCCGAGGAAGAUGGUGGCCGUGGCCAGGAUGACCUGAGCUGCUUCCACUCCACCGACUUCUUCAUCGAGGACCACAGUGGUGAGGCCAAGCCUGUCCCCGCCGACUUGUCCCACCUCUCUGAGUGCCUGGAUGAGAAUGCCAACCAGGAUGGUGGGGGUUUGCUGGAGGAUGCUGCCCAUGCGCGGUGCGAUGGGCUGUCCUGCUGCGCCUCAUCGCCGGCCGAGCCCUGCUCCAAGAGCUACGUCGACCUCAGCCUUUCCUCUGACUCGUUGGAUUUCUUCCAGUCCUUCUCAGACUAUAACUUGGGACCCCUUUACAACUCCUUAAAGGAGUACGAGAACCUCGAUAACUUCUCAGCAUUACAGUUUCAGUUGCCUAAUUUCCCUGGCUUCCCACAAGCCGGAGAUCAGGGCUCCUGUUUCUUGGAGUCCCUCAUCGGUUUGUCCGAAUCCGUCCCCGAAACCCCAGCCCCUUUCACAGACAAUCAACUUUUGGAGGAUGCCAUCAAGUCAUCGCUGAUGGAGACAGUGAAAGUGUGAAAUGCCAUGUGGCUCAGGCAGCAAGGACUGGUGCCAAAAGGAAGACUGAAGAACAAUUGGACGGGCAAACUUUCACCAAAAGGAUGAUGCGCUACUUAAAAUAAGGAGGAAAAUACAAAAAAAAAUACUUUCUAAGCAAACAAACUAUUUUUGGUCUUUAUAGAACGUGGACAUUUUGACAUACUGCAGCUACAAUCAGUUCUCUCACUGUUUGUGCAAAAAUUUCUAAACUUUCAUGGUGGGGUGGGGUGGGGAGGGAGGGAAAAAAGAAUUUCGCAUAUGAAUUUCCUUGUGUUUUGUAUGAAAAGACCUGUUGAGAAAUACUCCUCGCUGACGUUGCCAGUUGUACACACAGCCCCUUCUAGAAAUGUUUCAGUGUUGCAGGAACUUUUUAAAACAACUUUUUGAAGCUGUAUUUAUUGUGAAAAUGUGUGUUUUGCGUAAGAGUUAGCCCAACACAAUCUUACGUUUAAAUCGGACAAGGUUUACAGAAGAAUCCAUACACUAUAUACAUAAUCAUUUUUCAUCUAUUUAUUGCAAAUUCCAGAAUUUAACUAGCCACCGAAGCUUGAACUAGCAUGAAACCUUAUUUAAAUUGGUAAUACCUCAGAUGUAUUAUGUGUACAAUCAUAUUUUUUUUGCAUAAUAUAUCUGUAUUUAUUUAUUUUCUACCUGUAGUACAUGAAUAGCACUGUGGUUUAUCUAUGACCUGGAAGGGCAAUAAGGUCUUCAGCAGCACCCAUCCUAAAGAUGACCCUGGUUUUUCUGAGUCUGAAAGAUGUUGGCUGUUCGGUUCAUCACUUAUAUUUCUAAAAGAGCCAAAUGCAGAUGGGUGGGGUGGGGAGGACGAGGGAAAUGUUUGAGCAACGUCCUUUGGUUUCCAUCAGCCCCCUAGCAGACACGGUGAUGGUGGGUGAUCUCCAUAAUACCGCUGUGGAGAGCAAAACAAGCCAAACUAGCUAUUCGAACAAUAAUAUGAACUAGCUCUGAAAAACAAAACAAACCCCUUUCCAUAAAUUAUUGUAUAAUUUAUUUAAUUUCCAAAGGAUUUGGCCAUGAGAUCUUUCCUGAUGAGUUGUGGUGCCUGAAUAUGCAGAGGAACUGUUAGUGGGGGGGGGGGGGGUGUAACGGGAAGGACCUUUGCAGCCCUGGGGGGGCUUUGGCAGAGCAAAGCCAACAACAGCAACACUGUGCUCACGCUCCUCAUCGAAGUGCUCCUUAGGACUCCCUGGCAUCAAGGGUAUUACAGCUCCAAAAUCUAGUGGUUCAGACUGUUUAUAGUAUUAUUUUUUUUUAAUAUAGGUAAAUCAAGUAAAAUAAAUGGCUGUGAAGGUUAUUGGGUUCUUUAUCCUUUGAGUGCAGUUUUAGAGGGAAGAAAAAACAAUGCCUGAAAACAAAGCUGCAAAAUGUGAAGGCUUUUGUUUUUUGAAAUGAGGCAAAUCGUUGUGUUUGGGAAGGAUAUUGGAGGCCCUCUUGGCCUUUUCGCUAUUUAAAUCAGUCUGAGAACAGACACUAUCUGCCACGAGAUGUAACUGGACGUUAAAAUCUGUACAUCAGUGAUACACUAAGUGCCUAUGCCAGUGGUAUGAAAAAAAACCCCAAAACCGGCUUUAAAUCCCCCUGUGGAAAAUGUGAGAUUUGGUGAUGGAGUGAUUCCUGGCAUUACUGGCACCGGGGGGAGGUGGCAGCUCCGGCAUCCCAGCCCUGCUGCCCUGGGAGCGGGGUGCUGGGAGCAGCUCCUGGGGGUGCACAGACACCCAGACAGGAGAAAAACCUCAAAAUGUGGAUUUGAGGCUUUUUCCAUUGGCUGAACUGUUUAUACCCCCGAUGACAGGGAUGGUGCUCUCGGGUACCUGCUAUUCGACAGGCAUCUCGUGCAAACCUGCCAGCAAUUUAGGAAACUUCUGGCGUACAAAUAUGGUGAAGACUGGGUUGCUUUGGGGUUUUUUAAUCAUUAUUAUUACUAUUUAAUUGUACAUAUUCUCUGGUAUUGAGCCGGUCAACUUGGAAGCGGAGCUGACCCGCUGCGGCCGUGGGCAGGUGCUCGCCCCCGUGCUCGCCACCGCAUCCUCCUGCAAAGCAUCACCCCUAGGGACCUCCCCGCCGGGCAGGAGGGCGACUGUAGGAAUACUACUGGCAGAUGGAGGAUUUCCUGGAGAGAUAUAUAUAUAUAGAUAUAUAUAUAAAAAAAAAAUGACUAUUUUUUGUUCUUGGCGUCGUUUCUUUAGACUGAAAAAUCCCCUUUGGUUAUCUCCUAGGUGGUAGUUUCUAUUCUUCAGACUGCAUCAAAAAUACUGACAAUUGAAAGUCUGGUACCGUUCUGUAUUUAUUGGCACUAAUAUAUUUUAUAACAUUCCUAGGUUUCUCUGCAUAUAUAUAUAUAUUUAUAUAUAUAAAAUAUAUACAUAUAUUUUAUAUAUAUACACACACACACCCUUUUUUUUAAUGAAUGGUGGGGAUAGACUCCUGCCUUUGUGGAUUUUUUUUCUAUAAUUUAUUCUUUUUAUUUGUGUCAGUGCCAAAAAAUAAUAAAAAAAAAAAUAAUUUUUUUCUCUUCCCCCCCCCCCCCCCCCCCCCCCCCCCCCGGGCACUGAAUUGUAAAUAUAUUUUUUUUUUUUUCUUCUCGGUAUCUGUGUAAAAAGUUGCCUGUUAAACAGUUUAAAAACUGGGUAUUUAUUGACACAAUCUGUAAUUAUCUAAUGUAUUGAUUGAAACGCUUUGGUUUCAACAUAGCUUUAUUUUAGCUUUCUUUGUGUAUAUAUUGUGAUUAUGUUGCUUAAAGGUACAAGUUAAAAAAAUGCUUUAUUUUUACCUUAUCCAUUUGCAUUUGUUUAUAAAAAAGCAUAUUUGUCUACAGCUGCUGUCUCUCAUUUCAUCAAAGCAAUAUGAAGAAAUUUCCAUUACACUUUCAAUAAAAUAAUUUUGUUUGAAUAUGG